CAUACUCCUGUGACACGAGAUAUAUCAGCCGUUUUGAAUGUGCGUCCGGUGACGGCGAGAUCGUGGCUGAUAAGGAGCGCAAUUCGGCAGACUCACUUCAAGGUUUCGGUGGAUCCUUGCAUGUUGCAUAAGAUGGUGAAUUUUGCAAGGGGCCUCGCGUCAUCAGGAGUCUUUGCUGCACAAACUACAAGAUCUGGCAAUGUUCGGGUGAUCGCCCCGGCUCACCAGCGGACAUUCAUGUCUCCAAGGUUGCUCCAACAGCGAUUGGCUCACAUAUCUGCAAGCAUGUCUGCCCCCAGUGCCGUGCUGGACGAGGAUGUCGGUGUUGGGUCACAAUCCACCUCUAGCUUGGGGCGCGAUGUUGAGAUCAGAGAAGUGGAUUUCGACCCCAGGCUGGUCAACUCGGUGGGCAUUCUGGGUAACUUGGGGCAGCCCUUCGACUUGCGCAGGCUGCGCAAUGGGAUGUCUGUGGCCUCCUCCACGGUCGCUGUCAAGAACGCAAAGAAGGAGACUGAAUGGUUCAACCUGGAGGUGUGGAAUAAGCUGGCAGAGCAGGCGGCCGAGCAGUUCAGCAAGGGCUCUCAGAUCCAGGUGGUGGGGCGGCUGAAGACUGAGACAUGGACAGACAGGGAGGGGCAGACGAGGAAGUCAUUCAAGAUUGUGGCGGACCAGGUCAACCGUGUGCGACCAUACACCAUGGGGUACCAGAGCUCCCCACCGCCCGAGGCAUGGAGCCCCGCGCCGCAGCAGCAGCAGCAGCCUCAGCCUCAGGCGCCGCCAACGCCUGUCCAGGAUGACUUUGCCGGUGGCAGCCCGCAGCCCUUCUUUGGCGAGAUGCCGCCUCCCGGCUCGGCGAUGGACCCGGCGUCGCAGAAGUGGGCGGACUUCUUCGCCAACCCGGGCGGCUACUGGGACAACCGCUUCAACAAGCGCAACCCCAAGGCGCCCGAUUUCAAGGCCAAAGACGGCGACUCAGCGCUCUGGCUCGACUCGCGCGACACCCCGCCCUGGGUCCCCGACCAGCUCAUCAAGUCCGGCCUCGGCGCGCGCCCCGACGACGACGAGAUCCCCUUCUAGACGCGCGCAGGCAGUUCUCUCCGCAUUACGAUACGUUGCCUGUUAAGGCGCGGUGCUGGGGGGACAGGGAAAGCCUGAGGAUGUCAAGGAGCUUGUUCAGGCGCAAUUUUGAGCAGGCAGUCGGAAUGCCUGUGCAUGGCAAUGGCCAGGACUUAGGCAAUCUUCAUGCGUAAAACAGCUGGGUACGAAACCCAGCAUGUUUGCAUUAUGACUGUGUGCUUGUUACUGCUUCUUGUUUUUGGAUGCAUGUGCAAGUGUUUUGAAUCUAGGAAGCACGGGAUGUGGGGAUUUUGUAUAUAUAUGUGCGAGUAGUUUUCACAGGACCCAUGCAGUGACAAGUGGUCAGCGUCCAAAGAAUGAAUCAGAAAUGCUGUAGACUCAAUUGUACAUACUAUAAAAGCUACAGUAUCUGCUGAAUGCUCCGGGAAAUGUAAAAGACCUCAUAUCCUC